AUGGUGGGGGAAGGAGUAUCAACCUACGGGCAACAGAUGCAGAAAUGGGAAAAGCAAAGGGUCAAUCGCUACGUUCCGCUUGCUGAAAAGAGGAAGGUUGCUUUGCAGACAGAGGAUCCCCCUCGUGACCGCGAAGACGUCGUCACAGGACAGCAGUUUCCUCAUCUUCAUCUCGCUACGGGCGUAUCCAUACAUAACUCGACCUCCUUCUACCUCUACACAUUUGUGAACGCGCUUGAUGCGUUUACUCGAUGUCGCACGACUCUCUUUCUGUUGCAUGCGUUCUCUACUGGGUUCAGCGUCUCUUGCUCGCUUGCGAUCGUUUUCGGGGUGUGCCUAGAAGCGGCUUUGAAGAUUUUGUUUGGAAAGCAUGACACUGGACCACAAAAGACACAAACUCGAGGAGCACGGAACACACGGUGGUCUCGAAACAGAAAAAGCUCCGGUGAGGGACAGAAAGCGUCCUCCCCGCACUCUUCACGACUCGCCAGUCGGCCAGAGCUAACGAUCGUCGUCAGCGGUUCAAGGCCCAUCUCUGUUUUUUCACAUUUCUUCUUUUCUUCAGUCCCUUGCAGACCUCCACCCACCCGUAGAGACAUGCAGACGGCUCUGCGUUUGAAGGGGCGGCUGCGGAGACACGCAUGCAACAGUGCUUAUUCAUACGCAUCUGACAUACACAUCUGUCUCCACUGUUUUCCCUUUUUUCAUCUAAUCGAGUUAUAUUCUCACUGCAGCUCUCUGCACAUUCGCCCCUGUUCGGCAUCGCGGCCUCUCUCGCUACGGUAG